AUAGCUGAGUAAUAUUCCAUUGUGUAGAUGUACCACAUUUUCUGUAUCCAUUCCUCUGUUGAAGGGCAUCUGGGUUCUUUCCAGCUUCUGGCUAUUAUAAAUAAGGCUGCGAUGAACAUAGUGGAGCACGUGUCUCUUUUAUAUGUUGAGGCAUCUUUUGGGUAUAUGCCCAAGAGAGGUAUAGCUGGAUCAUCAGGCAGUUCAAUGUCCAAUUUUCUGAGGAACCUCCAGACUGAUUUCCAGAAUGGUUUUACCAGUCUGCAACCCCACCAACAAUGGAGGAGUGUUCCUCUUUCUCCACAUCCUCGCCAGCAUCUGCUGUCACCUGAGUUUUUGAUCUUAGCCAAUCGCACUGGUGUGAGGUGAAAUCUCAGGGUUGUUUUGAUUUGCAUUUCCCUUAUGACUAAAGAUGUUGAACAUUUCUUUAGGUGUUUCUCAGCCAUUCGGCAUUCCUCAGCUGUGAAUUCUUUGUUUAGCUCUGAACCCCAUUUUUUAAUAGGGUUAUUUGUUUCCCUGCGGUCUAACUUCUUGAGUUCUUUGUAUAUUUUGGAAAUAAGGCCUCUAUCUGUUGUAGGAUUGGUAAAGAUCUUUUCCCAAUCUGUUGGUUGCCGUUUUGUCCUAACCACAGUGUCCUUUGCCUUACAGAAGCUUUGCAGUUUUAUGAGAUCCCAUUUGUGAUGACUCAUAUCUUAAAUGUCCACAUCCCUAGCCUUUUAUUUAAACGUGAAUCUCAUUUCAGGGUCUGAAAGACUCACUUGGGGUCGGGUGGGUGUCAGUAUCCAUCUCCCUCAUUUCUCUCUCUCUCUCUCUCUCUCUCUCUCUCUCUCUCUCUGUUUUUCUCUCUCAUCCUCUUUCCUACUCUCCUCUCCCCUCCCCCUUCUCCUCCUGUCUCCACACCCCCCCUUCCUCUCCUCUCUUCAUCUAGCGGGAGGGGGCAGGGUUUGGAAAACGGUUUCUUAGUGUAGUCCUGGAACUAGCUCUGUAGACCAAGCUGGCCUCAACUCAGAGAUCCGCCUGCCUCUGCUCCAGAGUGCACACUGCAGCCGUCUUUGUCUCCCCUUGCCUGUGUGGUCUCUUUAAAGGUCUUUACCUGCUUCCCACUAAUGUGAAUCUUCUAAUUGGCUAAUUGAAGCAGAAUCGUGUUAGGGCACAGGCUUAUAACUGUCAAAGUUUAGUAACAAAAUGACUUAAUUUUUUUCCUUAAUCAUUCUGUUUUUUUUGUUUUUUUGUUUUUUUUUUUCGGAGCUGGGGACCGAACCCAGGGCCUUGCGCUUCCUAGGCAAGCGCUCUACCACUGAGCUAAAUCCCCAACCCCAAUCAUUCUGAUUUAAGCAUUCUCACAACAGAAACGCAAACAUCUAUUGGAGGAAAAUUCAAUCACAUAAUUUAUCACUAUUCAUAUUAUUACACUCAUGCUUUGAUUUCACUAAUAUUAUACAUAUAACUAAACUUGGAAAUGUUAAUAAACACACCAGCAACUAAAAAACCACGGGUUGGAGAGUUGGCUCCGCCGUACCCGCAGAUCUUCAAGAAGACCUGGGUUCAAUUCCCAGAACCCACACGGCGCUCAAAAUCCCGCAUCACUUCAACUCCAGAUCCAUAGCCCUCUUGCGUCCAAGGGCAUCAGACAUGUACAUAAAGCACAGGCAGACAUGCAAGCAAAAACAUGGAACACAUAAAAGUGCAAAAGCACAGUUGCUCUUGAGGGAAGAGGCCGGGCAGACGAGAUAAGCAGAUACAUUUCCACUUUGGUCCUACCGGCGUUAACAGCUAAAAGCAGUUGACAUAGGGUUGUUUAUAGCUUGAGGACCAAAAACGUUAGGGGAGAGGAAGCAGGUAUUGUCUGGGUUGAACCAGGAACCUAAGAAACCGCGGAAACCAAGCCAGAUCGUGCGGCGCAGGCGCAAAGGUCGUCUGGCUUUAAAUAAACUGGAGGAGUAGCUUGUGCUUGCCGGUUAAGUUACAUUCGUGCUUAGUACUUUUAUUGCCCCUGCCGCUCAAGACAUCCAUCCCCACGUCCCCAAACGCCCCGAGACUUUCCUGGCCUCGGGACACUGGGUUUACUUCCCCCGGUACACAGCAGCUCUUGAGGCAGGGCGGCCAUGGAAGCCAGCUUUUGUUUAUUUUGGCCGCGCGCGACUGCGAGUGUCCGAGGGCGGAGACGCGCAGGCGGAGCGGCGACUCCCGCGACGCCAGGUCUCCGCGUUCCGCCCGCGGUCGCCAAGCCCGGGGGCGGAAACAGAGCCCGGCGUCACAAAGCGCCGCCGGAACGCUGAGGCUGCCGCACUGGCGCCGCGCGCCCUCUCAGGGCGGGAGGCACGCCUGCCCCUCAGUCGCCUCGGCUCCGCCUCAGCCGGGCGCGCCCUCCGACCGAGGUGGGCGCAACCGCUGAGUCGCCGGCGGCUGGGCGCUGCAAAGCAUCCUGGGAGAACGCGCUCGCGCCGGAAGGGCGCGCGAGUGCGCGGCGGCAGCGAGGUUAUAAAAGGGAGCGAGCCAGCGGCAGGCGGAAGUGGGCGGUUCGUCGGCGCCUUGUUCUGUUGUUUGGUGUUUGGGCUUCUGGAGGGGCGUUCUCGGGAGGGCCGCCGGUGCAGGCCGCGCUGACAGGGCCGCUCGCCGCUCCGCCCUGUGCGCUCGCGCUCUCCUCGUCUCGCAGGGUCCCAACAUGGCGCAGGAGGUAUCCGAGUACCUGAGCCAGAACCCGCGAGUAGCCGCCUGGGUGGAGACCCUUCGCUGCGAGGGCGAGACGGACAAACACUGGCGCCACCGCCGGGAGUUUCUGCUUCGCAAUGCCGGGGACCUGGUCCCCGCGACCGAGGAGACUGCGGACGCGGAAAGCGGAGCCCGCAGUCGGCAGCUACAGCAGCUCGUCUCCUUCUCCAUGGCCUGGGCAAACCAUGUCUUCCUAGGGUGCCGGUACCCUCAAAAAGUUAUGGAUAAAAUUCUUAGUAUGGCUGAAGGCAUCAAAGUGACAGAUGCUCCAAUCCAUACCACACGAGACGAACUGGUUGCCAAGAAGGGGUAGAAGAGCCAUCCAAAAAACGAUCCAUAGAAGGAAAAAACAAUUCUUCAGUUGAGCGAGAUCAUGGGAAAAAAUCUGCCAAAACAGAUCGUUCAGCUCAGCAAGAAAACAGUUCAGGAUCCAAGGGGUCGUCCACCAAAUCAGAGAGUAGUGGGACCUCAGCUCGGAGCAACUCUGGUGUCUCCCAUCAGAAUAGUUCCACAAGUGAAGGCGAUAGAUCUGUUUGCAGCCAAAGCAGCAGCAAUUCCUCUCAGGUAACAUCAGCAGGGUCUGGAAAAGCUUCUGAGCCAGAAGCUCCAGAUAAACAUGGUUCAGCAUCCUUUGUUUCUUCACUGUUAAAAUCCAGUCUGAAUAGUCAUGUGACGAAAUCCACUGAUUCCAGACAGCAUAGUGGAUCACCUAGAAAGAAUGCUUUGGAAGGUUCUUCAGUUUCAGUUUCUCAGAGCAGCUCAGAGAUUGAGGUGCCCUUGUUGGGUUCCUCCGGAAGCUCAGAAGUAGAGUUGCCAUUACUGUCUUGUAAGUCUAGUUCAGAGACAGCUUCGAGUGGGUUAACAACCAAAGCUAGUUCAGAGGCAAACAUUUCAUCAUCAGUUUCUAAAAACAGUUCCUCAUCAGGCACCUCUUUACUAAUGCCCAAGAGCAGUUCAACAAAUACAUCACUACUGACUUCUCAGGUAGCUGCAUCACUGUUAGCUUCCAAAAGCAGCUCCCAGAGCAGUGGAUCUGUGGCUUCCAAAAGCACUUCCUUAGGAAGCAUGUCUCAGCUAGCUUCUAAGAGUAGUUCUCAGAGUAGCACUUCACAGUUGCCUUCUAAAAGUACCUCACAGUCCAGUGAGAGUUCUGUCAAAUUCACUUGUCGGAAGUUAACCAAUGAAGACAUAAAGCAGAAGCAGCCUUUCUUCAAUAGACUGUAUAAGACAGUGGCGUGGAAGUUGGUAGCAGUUGGUGGCUUUAGCCCCAAUGUGAAUCAUGGCGAGCUGCUAAAUGCAGCUAUUGAGGCUCUGAAAGCAACACUAGAUGUGUUUUUUGUCCCACUGAAAGAACUGGCAGAUCUGCCUCAAAAUAAGAGCUCUCAAGAAAGUAUUGUAUGUGAAUUGAGGUGUAAAUCGGUGUAUUUGGGCACUGGCUGUGGGAAAAGCAAAGAAAAUGCAAAAGCAGUCGCAUCAAGAGAGGCACUUAAGUUAUUUCUCAAGAAGAAGGUGGUGGUAAAGAUCUGUAAAAGGAAGUACAGAGGCAAUGAGAUAGAAGAUCUAGUACUCCUCGAUGAAGAAUCAAGACCUGUAAACUUACCUCCAGCACUGAAACAUCCUCAAGAAUUACUGUGAUUCCCCAAGGUAUCACUGCAUCCAGUACCUGGGGUUUGAAGAGAAAAACUGGCUUUUAUAUGAAACACUGGCUUUCACAGAUUUUAUAUUGCUUUUUUCCAGUUUUGCAGAAAAUUUAAAUUCUAGUUCUCUUCAUUAAAGUAGAGCUGUAAAUAAUUUAUGAAUGACAGUGCAUAUUAAAGGGUAUACACUGACAGCAUACCAGUGUGCUGUUUUAUUUGCUGAGGAAAAUACUGUCUUCUAUUUUUAAUGAUAUAUUAGGUACGAUGUGUAGUUCUGUAGAAUCUUAAAAUUUUUGUACUACUACCAAUUUGGUAGAAAUGUAUUAAGUUGUCUACCAUGCUUUUUUUUCUAACUUGAUUAAAUCAUAUAAAAGAAAGGGGACCACAGUAUUUGAAUGUGUGAAAAAUAUACAACUUAAGGUUUUAAGAAUGUUACUCAUAAUGUUGAACAUCUCUUAAAGAAUAAGAGUAAUUGUCUCAAACUAUUUUCAUGAGAAGAUGCUGUAAACUUUUUUUUUUUAGAUAUAAAGCAGUAUAAAGUACUUAUUGUUAUUUUAUUCUGAAAUUGUUUAAAAUUCACCAUGAUUUUGACCGCUGCAGAUUCUUGAGCAGGUUAAUUUAUGUUUUGAGGUAAAAAGCAAUUUACACUUUCUUAAAACAUAAUGUUGAUUUCUAUAUUAAGCAUAUUUUGUGACUACUAUGAACAGACUGAUUUGUUUAGAUAUUAAAUGCUUUAAGCUAUUUUACCUUUUCAA